GUUAAACUGGCAAUACAUGAACUCAUUAGACUAUUCUGCUUUAUCAGUGAAUCCACAGGGAGAUAUUUAAACUGAAAUAUCAAAAGUGAAUUUAAAUGUAAAUGUAUUCUCAUGAAAUGUAGAGGAAGAACUUUACACUAUGUGAUGGAGAGAGACUACAAGUUCAGUCUUGAAAAACGACAGAAUUGUUACAAGUUAGUUUCUUAAGGAAUUUUAAUUUUCAAUUAUAUUUCUUUUGGAAGAACCCUAAAAAAUUCUAUUGAAAGAAUAAAUUAAUCAUAUGCAGAGUAAGACAUGAUGAAAGAUUAACUUUUAUCUUUUAUCCAGGGUAAAGUCUUUUUCUUUUGUAGGCCAAACAUUUUAUGUUUUGUUUUAAAUUAGAAAAAAGAUGAAGUGAAAUUGGGAGGUUCUACUCACCGUUUCUGAACAAAAAACGAAAGAUUAUGUGUUUAUUUUCAAAUGAGGUUUUAGCUCUCUGUGGUUUUUAAUGAGAAUUUAUUAAAUCGCUUUGUUUUAGGUAAAAGUGAAGCAUAUCAGCAUUUCUUGCCGUUUAUGAGAAAUACAGAAUUUUCAUAGAAUUUGUUUCUACAUAAAUCUUGAAAAAGUUUCUGUAUCUCAACAAACGCGCGCAGAACAAGCAACAAAAUAACCUGAAAAGCAGUGAAAAUUUGAAGUGUUUGCUUUUAUGGUUUCACUUUUCUGGAGAACGUUCUCGAUUCCCGCCCUUUCUUUGUCAUCACGUGGCUUCAAUUCAAACCCUUCCUGAUCCACUGGGCCGUCCAAUCACAGCCAGGAGACGCUGCAGCUCAAUUUCCAUACAGCAUGUAUAAUAUCAGCUGUUUCCUCUCCAGCAGCUCAUUCGUCGCUGUAAGUUUCCAGAGACAACAUGCCCGAACCCGCCAAGUCUGCGCCCAAGAAGGGCUCCAAGAAAGCGGUCACCAAAACGGCCGGCAAAGGAGGCAAGAAGAAGAGAAGGACCAGGAAGGAGAGCUACGCCAUCUACGUGUACAAGGUGCUGAAGCAGGUCCACCCCGACACCGGGAUCUCCUCCAAGGCCAUGAGCAUCAUGAACUCCUUCGUCAACGACAUCUUUGAGCGCAUCGCCUCCGAGGCCUCCCGUCUGGCUCACUACAACAAGCGAUCCACCAUCACCUCCAGGGAGAUCCAGACCGCUGUGCGCCUCCUGCUGCCCGGUGAGCUGGCCAAGCACGCCGUGUCCGAGGGAACCAAGGCUGUGACCAAAUACACCAGCUCCAAGUAACCAGCUCUGCUGCUGAUGCUCCAACCCAACGGCUCUUUUAAGAGCCACUCACUGCAUCUGGAGAGCUUUGAUCAUGACUGAUAUAUUUUUGCAGAACAAAGAAAUGGUGGAAAUUUCAAGAAGGUGAGAAAUUUUGGAGGUGAAGGUUUAAUUCUUUAUCAUUUAAGAACCUUGUGAAUGAUCAUCUCAAAGUAUUAGAUGUCAGAUUUUUUCUUCUUGCUGGCUCCUUUUCAAUCAAGUUCAUUUGUGCAGCACAUUUCAGCAACAUUGAGGUUUCGAAGCUUUACAUAAUAAACACAAAUAU